ACCCCAACAACAAUUUCCCAACCUCUACUCGGUACAUACCUCCCUCCUCAGUCGCCAUCACCAUCCACACCAAGCCUGGCUCCAAAAUCGCCUCCAUCACUGAUUUCAGUGAUGAGGCGUUGGGGGUGCAAAUAGACGCGCCUGCAAAGGACGGGAAAGCUAAUGCAGCGCUACUUGACUACAUCAGCUUGGUUUUAGGGGUAAAAAUAAGGCAGGUUUCUAUUGGUUCUGGCUCCAAAUCAAGAGACAAGGUUGUUAUUGUGGAGGAGAUGACUCUACAAAGUGUUUUUGACAUCCUGGACAAAGCUUCGAAGUCCACCUAAAAGAGUGAGAGAUGAAUUUGAUCCUUGAAUGAGACGUGAAGCUUCAUUGUACUGUAGCAGCUAACCGAGUCACUUGUGUUUAUUGGAAAUUGUCUUGUUGAUGUUCCAGGUACUUCAAAACUGGCAUUGUUUGCACUGUCUACACACAAAUGACUACUUGUUUGUAAAUGCAUCUUUUAAUACACUUAUACCACAGCAAGUACAUUACAUUAUAUGAAUUAUGAGUUGUGUUCGUACU